UACGUUUUUAUGUCACGUAGGCCCUGCUGGGAAAGGUACAUCGCUACGCGAUCGGACCAAGUUAUCUCAUUUAUGGAAGGUUGAUAUAGCUGAAAAAGGUAAGAUCUCGCAAACUAAAUGGACUGAACUGAUUGCUGAAAUACGGUAAAUCCUGUUGAUCGAGAGGAACUAAAAAAUGGUGCGCAUCGGCUUGCAGAUAAGGGCCCAAGUGGAAAAUGUGACGAACAUUCGUCCUGAUGGAGACGAUUUCCGUUGGUAUGUCAAGAUCAAGUGUUCCAACUGUGGAACAAUAACCGGAUCAUGGCAGUACCUAACUCUCACUGAGAGCACACCAACAAAAGGAGGUCGUGGGUCAGCCAGCAUGGUGUCAAAGUGCAAAAUGUGCGGUCGAGAAAAUCACAUAGACAUACUCAAAGAUUCCUACAAAGCCUACAAUGUAGAAGACAGCGGCUCAUUCAAGACAAUCGUCGGCUUUGAGUGCAGAGGAAUGGAGCCAGUUGAAUUCUCACCAAGGAUUGGUUUUGCAGCCAAAGGGGCCGAAUCCACAACCCAGUUUGAAGUUGACUUAACAGAAAAGGAAUGGGCGGAUUAUGACGAAAAGACCAACCUGCCUGUGAGCAUCGAAGAGUUUGAAAGUCGCUUCAUCACCAUGAAAUGAGCAAUCCUACUGACAGACAGAGAGAGAAAUAGGGAGGGGAACCGGGAGACAGAUGGAGACAAAAUUAAGUCAUCUAAUGGACAAUUAAGAACCUGAAAUACCUUUAUUUCCAAUCAGUUAGCUGCAAACUUUUAGUUCAGUUUUUCAAAACAAACAAAGUAGGGGGUAGUAGAGCCAAAAGACUAUCUGCACGUAAUUUCUGAAAAGUUACAGAAUUCAUAGUCAAAAAAGAUUCAUUUGGUUAUAGGUUUUCUUCAUUUGUUGUGCCGCUUCUUUAUUUUAAGAAAUAAUCAGCCACAGCUUAUUUAUUGCCUGGAAUAUAAGUUUUAAAUUUGCCAAAGAAGAAUAUUACACAUCUCUUUAUAAUAAAAAUCAUUAAUAAUGUUUUCUAAGAGGUGGCGGUGGUAUUUUUUUUUGGGGGGGGGGGGAGGGCCUUUGUUUCGGUUUCUUAUUCGUUGCUUAAUUAGCUUGAAAAAAAAUAGAAUUUUAUGAAUUUCUAAUGAAAGAGAUACUUUUCUUCCUUUUUUUAUUGAUGUAUUCAAUAAAAUCAUGGAUAUAAUGAAGUAAUUAG